CCCUGGAGGCGCGGGUUUAAAGCUGGGGAAGCAGCUAGAGUGCUAGUCUGCUGCCAGCCGCAUAGCCAUGGCCCGGCAGCCGGGGGGCGCGCGGCUGCUAGGUGGCCUCCUGCUCCUUGCCCUGCUUGCCGCCGGCGCGGCCCCCCUUGGCUGGGAUCUCCCAGAGUCCCGCGGCCGAGCCAUCAAGAACCGAGUCUACCCACGGGGCAACCUCUGGGCCACUGGUCACUUCAUGGGCAAGAAGAGCCUGGAGCUGGCCGGCCCUGCCCCACUGGGGACCGUUUCCCCUGCCAGCCCACGGGGCCAGAGGCUGCAGCUGAGUCAUGAUCUGCUCGGGGUCCUGCUGCUACAGAAAGCUUUGGGCAUGAGCCUCAGCGGCCCCGCAGCCCAGGCCCAGGACAGCGAGCCCUUGGUGCGCAGGCUGCAGAAGUGA